AUGCCUCGAUUCCCGAUGCAAUUCGCCAAGAAGACAUGGCUCACAGUGGUGCCAUUUUGCAAGCUCCUCGUGUUCUUGGCUGUGGCGAACGAAAUCAAUUUCUUGAUUUUGGACGGCGGUUUGGAUACCUGUGAUUGGCUCUUGCGUUCCGGAUAUUUACGUUCAUCGCUUAGUGAUGGUGGUGGAAGUGGGUUCCAAUGGACCUCUUCUCGUUGUUCCACGAAGGUUUACAGUGCAGAUGAGCAUGAACGCGGCUCUAAUCUCACUCAACUUCCGGAUGAUCACAUCAAAUUCGACUCGUCUUCCAUCGACUCCCUGUUUCUCUGGAAGCCGUUCAUGGAUGAUUCGAAGCCGUUUGCCAAACCCAUCUCCGGUCUCGGAUCCUGGGAACCAGACGUGCUUGUCAUGGGAGGAGGGAUGUGGAGCUUCUUGAGCAGUGAAGGCAAAGAGAGAAACUAUCAAGAUUUCUUAGAAAACUUGGGGAACUUUGCAGAAUAUACCCUCAAAAACUUGUACAAAACCAAAGUGAUUUGGAAGACCAGUCCUUUCUACCCCAGAAGUGCCAAGUUUGUGCAUGUACCGAAAAACAUGGAUUAUGAACUGCUGAACCAAGGCUUGGAGGGUUACAAUCAAGGAGCAAUCACCGCAAUUACUGAUGUACCUGGUCAAAUGAUAAAAUUCUGGACAUCAGAUAUUUAUUUGAUCAAAAGCAUGGUUGCCAAUCACCGCUAUGUGUUCCACAACUGGAAGCAUUUCAGCAAUGAGACUUUGCACCAUGAAUUGCAGGUAUAA